UUUGCAUUACAAACCUGUUUUCCUAUAUAUUCAUUCAUCUUAAUUGAUGCCCUUCCAUCCGUUGCUCUCUCCAGUCAUUCACGCUCUUUCUUUUCUUCCUCCUAAAUCUUCUCUCCCACUCGACAAUGGCGGCUGCUUCUACUUCAUCAUUCAUCCCCCUCAAGCCUCGCCCAACUCCGCGGGGGUUGUCGACGAUCGCCGUCCUAAAAUUGGGAGCUCCUCUGUCAUUCAGCUUCCGCCGCCCUGUUCUGGCGCCUGCUCGCCUCCGGAUCUCCUGCGUCUGGCUGUGUUUUAAGCAGGCGAAGCCAGAGACGGUGGAGAAGGUUGCCAAGGUCGUGAAGAAACAGCUUGCACUGCCUGCGGAGACUCUGGUGACCGGCGACUCCAAGUUCGCUGCACUCGGUGCCGAUUCUCUCGACACAGUUGAAAUUGUAAUGGGCCUAGAAGAGGAAUUCGAUAUCAGCGUCGAGGAGGACAGCGCGCAGUCGAUAGCGACAGUUCAGGAUGCAGCUGAUCUCAUCGAGGAACUGGUUCGGAAGAAGUGCGCUUGAAAAAGCUUAAGAAAGAAGAAAUGAAUGAAUGAUCCUCCUAUUUCUCUCUAGUGCAGUUUCAUGCUUGUUAUCUCUGUAAGAUGGAAGAAAUGUGCUCUUUGGCUUGUGUGUUCUUUUCACCUCUUUCUUCCUCUCAUGUAAUAGAACACACUGUUUUAGUGUGUGAAAUUUUCAUGGCAUCUAAAUGUGAAAAAAGAAAAUGCGG